AUGUCACCAAGUGCAGUUGCAGCCACUAAUGGCAUCGGCAUCGCGAAUUUGCCGAACCAACGUCACAAGAUUGUAGCAAAGAGAGGAACUAACUUUACUUUAAUGGUUGUUGGUGAAUCUGGUCUCGGAAAAACUACUUUUAUCAAUACUCUUUUUACGACUACAAUCAAGGAAAAGAAAAAUCAAGCCAAACGGCAUGCUAAGCAAACCGAAAAGACUGUUGAAAUUGAAAUAACAAAGGCUGAGCUUGAAGAAAAAAUGUUUAAUGUAAAACUUACGGUCAUCGAUACUCCUGGCUUUGGUGACUAUGUAAACAAUCGAGAAAGUUGGUUACCAAUUGUCGAAUUUAUCGAUGACCAACAUGAGUCAUAUAUGCGUCAAGAACAACAGCCACUUCGUAAAGAAAAGUUGGAUAUGCGUGUUCAUGCUUGCCUUUAUUUCAUUCGCCCGACUGGACACACCUUAAAACCUUUGGAUAUUGAGAUUAUGAAGCGCUUGGGCUCCCGUGUGAAUUUAAUUCCAGUCAUUGCUAAGGCAGACACUCUGACGCCCAAAGAUUUAGAAACAUUUAAGAGAAGAGUUAGAGAAGUCAUUGCCGCUCAAAAUAUUCAAGUUUACCAAUGUCCAACUGAAAGUGAUGAUGAAACAAGUACCAAACGAAAUAUGGACAUUAUGGCUGCUAUGCCAUUUGCAAUCAUUGGUAGUGACGAAGAUGUUAUUGCCCUUGAUGGCCGUAAGGUAAAGGGAAGACAAUACAGUUGGGGUAUUGCUGAAGUCGAAAAUGAAGAUCAUUGUGAUUUUAAAAAGCUUCGUGCUCUUCUUAUUAGAACACACAUGUUAGAUCUUGUCUCUACUACCGAAGAGACACAUUACGAGAACUAUCGUCAAUCACAAAUGGAAACCAGGAAGUUUGGUGAACCUAAGCCAAAGAAACUUGAUAAUCCUAAAUUCAAAGAAGAAGAAGAAGCUCUUCGAAAGAGGUUCACAGAACAAGUUAAGCAGGAGGAGAAUCGCUUCCGACAAUGGGAACAACAUCUUAUUGCUGAGCGUGAUCGUCUUAAUAAGGAUUUAGAGGCAGAACACUCUCAUAUUAAAACUUUGGAAGCUGAAUUGGAACAGGUUCAAGCAGGAACAUCUAGAGGUAGAAAAUUUUUUAUACUAUUAAAAUACUAA